AGGGAAUAAGGGGGGAAAGAGAGGAGACUAGGAGGGGGGGAAAAAGCAACCCCUGACACAAAGCUGUCGGUUAUAAGGUGGCUUGUCAUUUACGAGGAAGAGCGAGAGGUUAGCGCGACGGUGUUGUGACACUGACCACCUUUGGGUGCUUUUAGUAUCUCAGAAGCAGAGUUCAGGAUUGCACGGACCUUUCUUUUUGUGUACGUUCCUGCAAGCGGCGGUGUUAAUAGCGAGCGGCGCAUAGAACGCAUCGUUGUGUGAGCGUGUUAUCAGAAAGGGUCAAUUUAUUCGCCUUCAACCCCUCCUCUGCUUACCGGAGUGAUUUCUACUCCUGAAGUUAGCUAUAUGCUGGCUUACGAGCGCGCUACAUAUCCGAGGACUGCACCGACCAUGUGUGCGCGCACCGACGUUACAGAAAAGCAGCUCAACGCGAAGCUACAGCGUGCAUAAUAAUAAUAAAAAAAUCUAUUGCCAGGGCAGGUUUAGCAGGCUAAGCUAGAGUGCUAGUUGCUACUACUGUAGCCAUAAGGUAGAGAUAGACAGACAGGCGAGUUUCGGCAGCCCGACACACAUAGAAACACACACACACAAAAUCAGAAGACUGUGAAGCAUGCUGCACACAGAUUUUCGGCCUACAUUUGCAGAGAAAAAGCAAAUUUCCCGAGUAACUGCAGCAGAAGCAGUACUAGGUUCAGAUUUUUUAAUGAUUGCAGAGGAGGUGAAGUGUAGGACAUCCGAUAGGGCAGUUUUGUACAGAAGUGAGUUUUCUUUUCUUUUUUUUAAUUUAAGGCCCAGGAAGAUCAAUACACUUGUUUCAUGUGUAACAAGGAUUUUAAUGUGACUCUUUUUUUCCACACUUUGAAAUGUAAAGAGUUGAGUGUGCAGUGGAGCUGCUUAGAUUUUGCUCAUGCAUUUUUAAUUUUUAUUUAUUUAUUUUAUUUUAAAAGUCUAGUUUAACCAGCUUUUUCUCGGCUGGCAUAUAUCUUUUUGACUUAAAUUUAUAACGUGCAUAAUAGGAAGCAGGAUGCAGCCGACCCAGAAAACAUAAAUCAAUGCUUUAGUGAAAAUAGGACAUUUUCUUUAAAAAAAACAAACAAACAAAACAAAGUUUAAAUUGGAGUCUUGUUUAUCCAGCAGCUGCUUUUUUUGUUUUUAUCUCACUUCUCCAUCCAAGGAUUUAACCAUCAUGUGAACUCUCGAGCUUUGUUGAUUUCCCUCCAAAAGAUAUGACAGACUUGUUAAAUUGAGGGCAUUUUUUUCUCCCUCUUUCUUUUCUUUUCUUCUCUUGCUCAUGGCUGCAUCAGGAGGUCUGGUAUAAAACGGCUGUCAAAGCCCACAGUGGCCACUUUACUAUCAGUUAGGGAGGUCAGACAGGAGGGAGGCUCAGGGUGCAAGGAGACUCACAGCGGAUCUGAGAGCAGUGUGUCGUGGUCGAGUCAGUCGGCUGGGUUGCUGCUGCUGCUGCAGGGAGGCUUCCUGGGCUUCUGGAGAGCAGCUCUGAAGGAUGACCGCCGCACGGCUCGCUGCUGAAUCUCGGUGAACGAACAGCAUCUCAUGUCCAAACUGUGGAAGGAUGGCUCAUGGCAAAGUGACCAUCACUGUGGACGAGUACAGCUCCAACCCCACACAGGCCUUCACGCACUACAACAUCAACCAGAGCCGCUUCCAGCCCCCACACGUCCACAUGGUGGACCCUAUUCCGUAUGACACUCCCAAGCCAGCGGGACACACCAGGUUUGUGUGUGUUUCAGACACACACUCGCGUACAGAUGGCAUCCAGAUGCCCUAUGGCGAUGUGCUGUUGCACAUGGGUGACUUCACUGAGCUGGGCCUGCCCUCUGAAGUUAAGAAGUUCAACGACUGGCUAGGUGGCCUACCGUAUGAGUUUAAGGUAGUAAUCGCGGGGAACCAUGAGCUGACCUUCGAUAAGGACUUUAUGGCUGAGCUGGUCAAGCAGGAUUACUACCGAUUCCCCUCAGUGUCGAAGCUCAAACCAGAGGACUUUGACAAUGUCCAGUCACUGCUCACAAACUGUGUGUACCUGCAGGACUCAGACGUCACCAUAAAGGGAUUCCGGAUAUACGGGACACCAUGGACUCCGUGGUUUAACGGAUGGGGGUUCAACCUGCCUCGAGGACAGUCUCUGCUGGAUAAAUGGAACCUCAUCCCCGAGGGCAUUGACAUCCUGAUGACCCACGGACCUCCACUCGGUUUCCGAGACUGGGUUCCUAAGGAGCUACAGCGGGUUGGCUGUGUAGAGCUGCUCAACACGGUCCAGAAAAGGGUGCGACCCAAGCUUCAUGCCUUUGGAGGCAUACACGAAGGGUACGGGAUCAUGACAGACGGCUACACGACAUUCAUCAACGCUUCAACCUGCACCGUCAGCUUCCAGCCCACCAACCCCCCUAUCGUGUUCGACCUGCCCAACCCUUCCAGCUCCUGAGAUCAGAGGAUGGGGGGGCGGGGAGGGUCAAGGGCUGGAAAAACAACUUCUUUUCAAAAAAUAUGUCAAGUUUAAAAAAAAAUUAAAAAAUUAAAAAAUAAAGUUAUAAGUGAUUCUUUGGCAACUUUGAAUCUUCUCCAACCUGUUGUGAGACGGAGAGGAUUUAAAGACAGGGUGGGGGUGGGAGUGUGUGUGGGAGUGUUAAAGGAGAAUACCAUUGCUUUUUAUUUAGGUUUUCUGUUUUGGUUUUUUUUUUUGAGCUUGUGCCAGCAGUCCCGGUCUGUUUUUUUUAUUAUUGUUGUUGUUCAUCUGCACACAGUCAGAACAGUUGCAGAUAUCAGGGCCCGUUUUCCUCCAGAAUGCUUUCCAGCUUUGUUCAAUAUGAGAAACAGCUUUGACAAAGCAAAGAUAAUCCCUGAAGAAACUUUCUUUUGUCCUGAUUUUGACUGUGUAGGGUCGAGUGUUUAUUAUGUCGGCGCAGCUUCAUUUCACACUCCACUUCCUGUCAGCCACAGGAAGGAUUAAUCCCUCAAAAAGAUGUUGCCUUAGUGCAGAACGGCAGAUGAGAACAAUGCUUUCAACUUGCACGCUCUUAAAACACUACUUGGCCACAGGGAAGAAAUCUGUGAUCUCAAAUUGAAUUUUAUCUUCUUCUUUUUUAACUAAAUUAAAUGUACGGAAUAUUCUCUUUCAAGGCUUCCAUACCACCACAUGGUUUGUUACAACAGAAAUUUGAAUGUUUGAAUUAAAAAUGGGGUGGCACGGUGGUUAGCACUGUUGCUGCACAGCAAGAAGGUCCUGAGUUCAAUUCCAACAUCAGGCCGGGGUCUUUCUGUGUGGAGUUUG